CCUGUCGCGACCAACGCGAAACUAUAGAGCCCCAAGAAUAUUCCCCUGCGGCAACACUGGCGGCGCCCUCUGGGUGGAGCCAUAAUCACGGAGUGACAAUCAGCCGCCGUAACAUAAAAGCAAGCGAAGCAGAUCAGAGGCUCACCUGGCCCCGAGAAGGUUGGGACAGCGUGAGCGUGGAUGAGGAAUCAUCUAUAGAAAUGUCAGGUAUGUAUACCAUGCAUUCUGUUUGGUGGUCAGUAUAUAUAUUGACCACACACACACAAAUAAGUUGCCAUCCUUCUCCUUUACGGACUCGUAAAUGUACCGUAGGCGGCUAGGAGAGGGGUGGCGACAAUGGUGGUUAGUGCUGGGAUUGAACAGAUAUAGAAUCAAGGCAUAACCUAAAAUGAAUGCAAGGUAUACUAUCCUAACAUUAAACGUAUUAUUCUAAGAAAAAUAACAUGUGUGUGUCAAUAGUAACAAAAAUUGCAAGAUUUGUACUUUAAGUACACGUGCGGAAUCAUAUAAUUACAGGGUCUGGUUCAACAUCAAUUUUGGCUCAUUUAGUUAUGAAAGUUACUUCAAGAGCUCAAUAAGUGAAGACUUUUAAGAAUAAAGUAAUUUCAUUGACUGUGUAAUACGGCAGGAUAUGAGAAAAUACAUCAUGGCGUACUCUCUCGGCUAAAGGAUGGUUUACUUACUUAUAAGAUACAUUUUAUUCCCCGUAUAAGAAAAAAGGCUCAAUUGUUAUAAAUAAUGUUUAAAAAAUAAAAGUAUGAAGAUUUCAGUAUUCGUCCGAAUUUAUGAAAUUAAAAAUUCAUUAUUCAAAAAUAAAAGGUCAUGUUAUUGAACAAAGUUGCUUCAGUUGCUUCCGGGAUACGUCACGAAUACGUCUCUGAUUGGCCAAAAGCGAAACAUGGCGGCCAUCGCGCCAUCGCGGCGGCCAUAGCACGAAGUAGUGUUGCUACAGUUACAGUAAGAAGAUUACCCGAAAUGUCGGGAGAAAAUUACGACUCGAAAAGAUUAACCGGAUAACUUCAGUGAAGAGAAGAAAUUAUUUUACAAACGGAUUCGACUUGGAAGGCAGUAAUGAGAAUUUUCUUAUAAGAUGAAUGUGUAAUUAAGUCAAACGGUCAUACUGAACUGUGUAUAGAUAUAAGUCGGUAAGAAUUUUGUCUUUGUGUUCGUAAUUAUAUUGGAUUGAUUAGUAUAUAAGCUAGAAGAUCUUUUCAGGGAUAAGAAGAGAAGCACUAGCCUAUGGUAUACUGCAGGUAUAUCUUAUAAGUCUUAUAAGACAAGCGUAAAAUAAGAAGGGGCAGAGGAAUUUUCCGCUUUGAAUUUUACUUGAUACAUGUGUGUUAAACUUAAUUAGAAUUAAGAUUUUAGUAUUAAGUAUUUGUAUAAAAGUAAUAACGAUGCAUCUAAAAGGACCGAAGAAGAAACAAGUUACGGUUAGUUUAUUCGUUAAAUAUGUCAGAAAUCAGGGAGUUCUGACUAAGGCUGGCAACACUAAUUCCCGUAGAGAAUACGCUUUACUUUGAAACUUUGUUUACGGAGAAGCUGCAACAGCGCUGGUUCCCAAGAAGUUUGCAUCCAGUUUAUAGGAAGACAAAAACACGAACCGGCCUCCGUGAACCAUCACGGACUCGACACAUACCACCGGAUUAGACGAGAAAAGAGAAAAGAAAUUCCUCGGACAAGAUGGACGAGAUUCUCUUAAUCAGACUUCGAAUCACCAGUGAAAAAAUUGGUGCUGAAUUGGAAACAAUACCCAGUACGGUUCGGUCAGAAAACAUAGGACAGGCUCAGGUCGUCUAUAACAGACUGCAAGCUGCAGUGAAUAGGCUCAACGCUAAUUUAUCAGAAUACUUUCGUUUAGCUACAACUCCUGCAUCAGAUGAAAUUUUCUUGAUUAGUGGCCAGCAGCUUUUAGCAGAAGAGACUUUAGCAGAACUCAAGGCGAAGAUCGACCAAGUCACCGUAUCCCGUGAGACCCAGGAAAAGCCGCCUGAAGUGAAUUCCUCUUGUCGACUACCGAAACUCCAACUACAGGUUUAUAACGGGGAUGUGCUUUCCUGGUGCGAAUUUUGGGAUAGUUUUAGCAGCAAUAUCGACUCAAGAAACUUACCUGAUGUAGACAAGCUGUCUUAUCUUAAAACUUCAGUGACGGGUGAUGCUAAGAAAGCUAUUGAUGGCCUGCCUACCACUAACGGAAACUAUAAGAUAGCGGUCACUCUACUAAAGGAACGUUUUGGCAAGAAAGCUCAUCUGAUUGAUGCCCACUAUGCUACAUUAUACAAAAUCGAAGCGGCAAAAAGCAGCGCAGAAGAUUGUAGAAGAACUUUCAACGAGGUGGAGCGCAAUCUUAAAAUCCUAGAGUCUCUUGGCGAAAACACCAACCACAACCAUCUUCGUUUCAUGAUUUUGGAGAAAUUUCCUUCGGAUUUAAUAUACGAAAUAAAGUUGAAAAUUCAGAAUGAGUCCACACAAGAACUCCGGGAACAAUUGAAUAAAAUUAUCACUGCAAAGGAAGAUGCAGAGAGAAUUGCUGGAAGGAAACGAUCACAUGAGGUAGAUGACAGCACUGUCGGUACCCUGCAUGUGAACGCAAAGCGUGCGAAGAGAAUGCAUCAUUUCCAACAGGGAAAUAAUACCUCAAAUACUCAACAUUAUCAAGGAAGUACUAAUAGAAAAGGACUAAAUAGAAAAGGAAAAUUUCAAAGGGCCAAUGAACCCAAAAAAGGAAGCAAACCGAGCGUAUCUAAUGUUGCAACAUCUGCUAACAGAUCUGCAACUGUUAACCCAAAGGAAAAAGGGAAAAUCUUAGGUUGUAUAUUCUGCAACGGCAAACACCGCAAUUAUACGUGCCAGGACGCUUCUACUUUAGAGGAAAGAAAGAAGCGGUUGACCGGAAGAUGCUUUAUAUGCUUUAGGAAGAAUCAUCUUGUAAAGGACUGUAAGGAAAACUGGACUUGUAGACUUUGCCCAGGAAAGGAAAGGCACAACAUGGCCUUAUGCCCUUCAAAUUCUCCAAAGGAUCCCAAAACAAAGAAAAAGUCUUGA